GGAGCAUCAUUCCUACAGUCUUCCAACAGUCCACAAAAUGUCUACCACUUGGCUGCAUCUGCUGGGCUUUCUGGUGGCCCUGUUCCUGGCCCUGGCCACAGGAGGAGAAGCCUCACCAUUCGAUGCGAACCGCUUCCGAGCACGGACACAGCCACGACAAGGAUCCAUGCCACAGAUACCCACCACACCGCCAUUCAAUCCCUAUGGAUGAAUUAAAUUAAUUAAAUCUGAAUAUGUAUCUGAAUCUGAACAAUGCUCCAACCUAAACCUA